UUUAAGUGUUGAGCGGUAGGUGGAGCCAACCAAUGAACGCCUCUCCCUUUGCCUGCUUCGAACACAAAUAUCGAAAUAUCUCCGAAAUUUAACAUUUUCUGCAUAGAGCAAUCUUAACGCUUUAGUUCAUUUUUAAAGUUCCGUAAACGAAAAAAAAAAAAAAAAAAAAAAUGUUUAAUGUUCUAUAGGAAUCGUCGAAGUGUCCCUCCUCUACCUUAAGUAGUCCAUGAUAAAGCACCCAUCAGAGGCCAUCAAGUCAUCAACAUCAUCCCAUCCCUUAGAACACGUUUAGAUUUCUGUUUUACAGUCGACUUGGAGUGGGCAAGUAUAGUUCGUACCUUCGGUGCUGUAUUACAGUUAUUUUGGAAAUAAAAGUAUAAAUGACGACACGAAAUAGGGUGGAGAAAUAUGAACUAAACAAUCAGAUUGUUAGCAUGCGGAAAGAUGUGAAGCGGGCUCGAUUAUGGCUCAUCAACAAUUUGAAUCACCGUGUCAAAAAGCUAAACAAAGCUAAAACAAACGAGCGUGAAGUCGAAAAAAAUCAGAGUAAGAUUCUAAAGCUACGAAGUGAAAUUCAACUCUUAAAACACAUUGAUAUUGAUGAAGUCUCUAAAUUUGCCCUUUGCAAUAAGCAAGAACCACUAAAGCAGUUAACCAAUGAAAAUGAAGUGGAUGCAGCCCAGAAAGUUAUGCUACAACUUGCUAACCAUAAAUUUGUUCAAGAACAAGUUCAAAAGUUUCGACAAAUCUAUGCUGUCCCUGUAGACAGGUUAAUUCUUUUGAUUAGAUCUCUUGGGCUGCAAUAUCAAAAGAAAAAAAUGAAAUCAAUGUUAGCUACAACAGUUGAACAAAAUCCACACAAGGAAUUGGAAAAUAAAAAAGUGUUGGGUCAGAAAAAGAAAGUGUCUGAGAGGCUAAAAAUUGUUCACUCACCCGAAGUUGAAAAAUCCUCUAUUGCUGAAUGUCAGUAUCACUAUUCAGCUGAAGAUGAUUCAAAGUUGAUGUCAAAUCCUGUGAUCCAGGUCAAAUCUGAAAAUGAUAUGGAUAACUCUUCAUCCUCGGCUGAAACAAGUGUACUAGCAGAGAGGACUGGACAUGGUCACUCUUCACAGCCUUCAGCAUCUAGUGGUCAGUGUCUAAUAGAUGCUCAUCACAGUUUAGACACAUUACAAAGUGGGAAAAUUUGUACCACUAAUCCAAGUGUGAAAAAACAAAUUAAUAGGAAGGAGAAUCUUCAUCAGAAAAUACCAUGGCCUAAACUUUCAGCUCCUCAAAUAAAUAAAACAACUGGAACUAUGAUCAUCAAGCAGCUGAACCUUGAUAAUGAAGCUGACAUAAUUUCCGUUGAGGAAUCACACAAAAUGCCAGAGAAAAGUUGUGACACAAGUGAGCCUCCCAGAGAUUCAUUUUUCGUUGGAGGGGUUGAUUUACCCCUUGAAGAAAAUGACGAAAUGAAAAAUGGAUCGAUUCAUUUAAAUUCAUCAAGAGUUCAUGUGAGAAAGAAUUUGGGUAAGAAAGCAAUGGAAAGUAAAACGUCCUGUAAAGUGUCCAGGAAUACGCGUGAAUUAAUUAAUGGACCAAUUCAAGAAAAACAAACCAACAUUAUACCAUCAGUUUCAACAACUGAAGUCCUUCACCCAUCCUGGCAGGCCAAAAGGAAGGAGAAAGAGCUUCAAAUUAACAUUGGUGAAUGCAAAGGGAAGAAGAUAAGAUUUGACAAUGAUUAAUAAUAUGCUUAAAUGAGGAAUUUAAUACAGUGGUCUUCCGAUGAA